UUUGAUAAUUUAAGAACUGUUACUCAACUUCAUCCAAUAAUUGCUCAAUAUGACGAUUACGACAAUGACGAGUGUAAUGACCAUGGUUAUGUUACUACAGAUGAGAGAGAGUCUACCAUAAGUGUUAUAUCCGGGUAUCCAUGGAUAUUGCAGGCUUGGCUGCUAAGCCUAAGGACGUUUUAGAUACGUUGGAAUGUGACUACUUUCGGUGUAAACUCUUCUUGUAUAUUGGAGUCUGUUCCGUUACAGUUAAAGACUUUGCGACACUACAAUAAGCUAUGGUCCCCAACACAAUAUUAUCAAAUUUUAAACCCCACCCUACCGUCUUGUAAGUGGGGAGGGGAGGGUGAGACCCCUCACCCUAGAGGUUCACCAUUCAUGAUCACUUGGACAACGUAAGCUGGUUUUAGGCGACGAAACCAUCCUAAACAUUGCCCUAGGGUUAGUGAGCAUGAUUAACAUAGAUUCGUAUUCUUUUUUACAGCUGCGCUGCUCAAAUUUCAGACAUUCUAUUUCCACUAAGUUUUUCCUGGCAGGGAGAUGUAAGACGAAAAAUUUAAACUGGGUUGAGCCCUGUUUCCUGGAUCAGCGCUGACUGCUUUUUGAACUAUUUAGCCUCAAGUCUGCUUCCUAAUUCUAUCCUGAAACAUGAGGUCUCUUUGCAUUGAAAGAUGGCUUUGCUGUAUUAUUUUGGCUGACAGUGAAGAUCGAGCCUUUUUUCGGGUUUUCUCCCCUGAUCAGCUCGCACCAUUCCACAAUUCAGUCAGCUGAAAUCUGGAUUAUCGUUGCUUCGCGUGUUUUGUAACGUGACGUGACAGGUGACAAAUGAGAUGAAUCGUGAAAAAUAGGUAACAGUAUGCGUAAUUCACUCGUGAUUGGCAAUUCGAGAACCGACGGGUCAUAUAUACGAGGAACUUAGGCAGGACGACGAGAGGAGCAAAGUCUUGAUGCAACUUGAGUCUGCUGCAAGUAAGAUGUCUUCAACCCGUAACUCAAAGGAUGCACAGGAUUCACUCAGCGAUGGAGCCUUUGAGGAACUCCAAGAGCACAUUAAUGACGUCCACGACAUUCUGAAGCGGGAGACGAACAAGCUUCGCAAGGAGAAGAAAGCCUUCGAUAAAGUGGCGAAGAAGCUCGAACAUGUUCACUUUCCGAAGAUGUUGAAACUGAAUGUCGGCGGCCAUGUGUUUACGACAAGUCUCGACACCAUGAAUAAACAUCCAGGUUCUGUGUUACCUGCCAUGUUUUCAGGAAGAUUUGACACAAAACCUGGCGAGGAUGGAACCUACUUCAUUGAUCGAGAUGGAACCCACUUCCGGUGCAUCCUAAAUUAUCUUCGGACUGGGAAACUCGUGCUACCCGAAGAUACAGUCGUUCGCAGGGAGCUGUUAAGCGAGGCCGAAUUCUAUCAAAUUGAAGGAAUACUCAGUGAGCUGAAGGCACAACCUUUUCAGGAUUAA